GAUUAGUCAUAGUAGGCACUUGUCCUGUCUACUACAUAGUACAUACUACAUAUUUAUACUAUAAUUUACUUUCAUCAAAACAAUAGUACAAUACGGAUUGUUGACCGUUCUAAAUUCUAAUUUCUAUAUUUUUAUGACUGUUUCACUGUUGUCUAGUACUGUAGCAUGUAUGUAUUUGUGUAAAUUAUUGAAUAUUGUAAGUUAAUUUGUUUUCUUUUAAUUUCUCGAGACCAUUGCUCUAAAUGCGCCAUUAGUUAUGAUAGGAAAAUCGAAAUGGUAUUUAGUGCUUACAAUCCUCUUUUGGAGUCGUACAGACGUUGAUGGUCAUCAAUUAUUACUAAACGAUAACAGUCCUGUAACUACUGGCUCAACAGUUACUCUGAAUGCCACAGUUGUCGACGACAAAGGUUUUUGUAUUAAGGGAAAACUGUCGUUUUCCUAUGAAGAUGAUGCAUUUCCUAAGCAUGUAUUGCAAAUCAACACUAAAAAUUGUGUGGCAAUAUUCAACAUAUCAUUUGAUACCAAGAUUGGACCUUCAAUUUAUAGAUAUAAAGUAGAUGUUUCACAGGAAUUAAUUCCUCUCAUCUAUCAUCCAAUUGCUAGUGGUCGUGGCCAGUUAACUGUUACAGAAAAUUUGAACGGUGUACUUCAACUAUUUCAAAAUAAUACAGAUAUUUCAAAAAAUUCUCCACGAACUAUUUAUGUGUCAACUAAUUUAGAAACGGUUCACAAAAUUGAAAUUAAUGCUGCCGAUUUAGAUUAUCUUAAUAAAAGUGCCAAUUCAACCUCAGUUUACUGGUUUGUUGAUUGUAACUACCAAAAAAAUAUUUCAAGCUAUACAUUUACUAGUAACUAUACUGAACCAGGCAUUCAGCAUGAAAUUCUUGGCAUUGUAGUAGCCAAUAUUCCCUCAUCUGUACCUAUACCUACACCUUCACCUACACCAAUAGUAUCCACUACCACAGCCAGUCCAAAUAAUUUUACUACUAAUACUACUAUUGCUGAUACUAUAUCUACGCCUUCUACCACUAAAGCACCUUCUAAAACUGAUGUUAUAUUUUCUCGUCAUAUUAUCAAUUCAACUUUUACUUCAGAAUGUGAACAAAAAAAAAAUUUUGAAUUAUUAUUAUCUGAAGCUCCCGUAAAAAACAAUCAAAAAUAUGGAUAUUUUAGUCGUUCUGUGCUUACCAAGGAUCCAAUAGUAAAUGUCAAGACUCAAGGAAAAGUGUGGAUACAAGAAGGAGAAAUGUUAAAUCUUCUGGUAAACUGCAAUGGUAGUGGUCCCUUCCGUUAUUGUGCCCAUUAUGUUCAAGGACCUUAUAAUGAAACUAGUAAUGAUUCUUGUAUACCGGACAGAAAUUUAGUGCAAUGUCAAAUGCAGUUUGUACACUAUUUCCGUGAGCCUACCAAUUAUACAUUAAUUGUAAAUUUGGCUAACGAUGUUUCAAAAGUCGUAACACCUAUUGGAAUUAAUAUUUAUAAAGUUCAAAAACAACCACAAAUAUCUGUCAUUGUUGUACCAGUAACUUUCAGUUCAAUUGCAGUAAUUAUUGUUGUGUUCGGAAUAGCUUAUUAUUUUCAGAACAGAUCGAGGUAUAUGGUAGAAGUAGCAGAUUUUGAUUUUGCCAAUAACUCCGACAUGGAAUACAAAACAUUUAGAGAGCGAUUACGUGAUGCUAUAAGCCAAGCUAUUAAUCGUACACAAGACUAUUCAGAGUAUGAUGGCAGUGAAGAACAAAUUGGUAAUUUGGCUACACCCCAAAAUCAAAAGUAUGGUAGUAUGCAAUGACCAAGCACUGUAGUCGGUCCAAACAGAUGUAAUGUCUAAAUAAUGACUAUGCAUUGGACUGGCAAAUGAAUAUAUUAUUCUAUAGAGUGACUUUUUUGUUGCUGUUCCUUAAAAAAAAAAUAUUGACAAAUAACUUUUUGGCAUUCCAAAUAUUUUUAAUUUAAACUUAUAAUUUAGGGUUUUUUUGUACAUAGUAUAUUAUUAUGUUUAUAAAGACUUGUAAAUUAAAUAACUAUCAAUAUUCAUCACAUUUUUACAACAAAUUUUAAUAAUUGGAAUCUUAGCAAUUAUCUAUUUUUAGUUUUUUAAUAAUAAAUAAGACUUCAAUUUUACAUAUGAAUAACUACAAUAAUUUGUAUUUGAUAAUAAUACAUUUUAUUUACUUAGCAUUUAAUUUUUAUUGUUGUACUAUUUUAGUAAUUGAAGGGUAGGCGGGAAUAACGUGCUAUGUAGAAAUUCGUAAAUUGUUCAGUAACAAAUAAAAACGAAAAAAGUGUAAUAUGUAUAUUUGUAUUAUGUUUCUAAGUUUGUACUCGAUGAUUCUGUACGAUAAAAACAUUCUGGAAAUUUUUUCGAUUCUUAAAAUAUUUUGAGAAUGCUUCAUAACACAUUAUUCUACAAAAACAUGAAAUCUGAGAAAAUGUUACAUUGCAUGUUAUUCCCGCCCACUGUUCAAUUACCUAAUUAAAAAUUACAUGUAUUCAUUUUAAAAUUCUUUUAAAUUACUCCAUGUAUUCCAUUAAUUUAUUUAGUUGUAAAUAAUGUAUAAGUAUUAUGAAUUUUCAUAUUUAACUUUUACUUCUGAACUUUCACUUUCAUCAUAAACUAACUAAUACUCUUAUAAUAUGUGUGUGUACACAGGGCCGGUUAUAGGCGUAGGCGACAAGCCUAUGAUGGCUAAAUUUAUAUUUAUAUAGAGCCGGCAUUUAAGAAAAAAUAAUAAAACAAGAGGUGGCAAUUUUGAUCUUUGCCUACGUAUAAAAAUUUGCUUGCAUCGGCCCUACAUGUACAUGGUAGACCACCGUGUAUUCCCAUUUUUUUAUGUAAACAUUAAGGAGUGGAAACACAGUAACUCAUUUGUAGGUAUUAAAUAUCGUUAUUAAUUAAAACCAAUUAGUCUUAAAUCUUGGUUAAUGCCACUUUGUAUGUUAUUCUAUUUAUUUGUAUUCAUAUUGUGUAAUAUAAUGAAUGAUAAAUAUAUAAAUAUAAUAAUUGUUAUUAUAAAAUGUAAUAGUUUACAUUAGUAUCUCAAGACAUAUUAAACCAAUGACAAUAUCUCAUUUCUAUGUGUUAUUUAAUUUAAACAUUUUUAAUCGUACAAAAUAUUUUCCUUAAAACAUAAUGUUAAUAAAUUAAAUUUUUUUUUCUUCUGUAUCAUUUUGAAAACUUUUUUGUCAUAAUUUAACUGUUAAUAAUAUUCAUAAUAAUUCAUUAUAUAUUUAAUUUAUUUACAUAUCCUAUAAUAACUAUGUGCCAAUACCUAUAGUAAGGACAAUAUAUGCCAUAAAGGCAAUGACAAUAUUUGCAUUAUUUCUUAUCCUAACUAAAAAUGUUUCAUUUUUUAGAAGUUAGAACUAAGUUAUUUUAUUUAACAUAUAGUAUUGUUGUAUUGCAUGGAUGAUGGUGGACUGUCAUACCAUUUAAAUUUAAUAAUUUAAUAUAUAUUAUGUUCAGAGUCUAAGAUGCUCAAUCGUUAAAUUGUUAGCUCAUUAGUAACUCUUCUUAUUAUGAAAGUGUUUUUUUUUUGCAUUACUUCUUAUAAUUAUUUUUUUUUCAAUUUAAUAUUUUAAUGUUUUCAAGUGUGAUUAAUUUUUAAGAUUCUAUUUUUAUUUAUUAGAAAUUUGGAAAAGUCUAAUUAUUGUUGUAAAUAGUUAUAUAUUGUAAAAAUAAUGGAUUGCUAAAAUUAUACAAAUUUAAUAUUGUUACUCGCAUAAUUUCUUAUUAAGCAAAUUAUUAUAUUAUAUAGUUCAUUUUUUUUUAUUCAAAUUAUUGUUUUUAUUUUAUCUGUUUGUGAAUUAUUUUAAUUGUAUAGAAAUCAUGUUAAAUAUUUUUAGAUACCUACGUGUCCUUUUAUUAUCAACAAAACAUGUACCCAUAGUAUACAUUAUUUAUUAAAAUCUAAUGAUAUGUGAAUAUGUUACCAUUUUAUCAUUUCUUCAUAGUAAAUAUGAAAUUACAAUAGUCAAUUAGAUGUUAAAAUAAUAUUAUAUAGUUAAUACAAAACUAUUAUAUACACGAUUAACAUUUUUAUUUUUAUUUUAUAUCAAAACAUAAAAUAUUAACUAAUUUUUACAGUUAUCUCUGUUAGUAUAGCAAUAAUUGUAAAUUUAACUGUUAGGGUUAUAUCUUAAAUUGUUUUAUAAAUUAUCAAAUAUUUAUACUAUGCUAUAUUGCAUUGUUAUUGGAAGGAGUUUUGGGAAUAUUGGCAUCGAUAACAAUUGAGAACAAUCGGCACUUGGUAUUUUCUAUUGUCCAAUAAGAUUCUAUGAUGACUAUUAACUGUAAAGACCAGUGGACUACUGAGGACCAUUAUAAGAUCUUUAAAUCAAUUACCUACUUAGACACCUAGUGUAAUAUACUAUAAUAUAAUAUUGUUAUGAACUGGUAAAAUUACCUCUCAGAUCCUUGUAGCGACUUCCCUGUUGAAACCGUGGUUAGUGUUUGAGGUAUAAGAUGAGAUGACCGAUUUGUAUUUUAAAAUAAUAAACCCUUUUCUCUGAUUCA